AUGCCGGGUCCAGAAAAAAAAUUAUUUUUGACUCAAGCAUUGCAAGAUGAAACCUCGACGGCAGAGAAGAUGAUUAGUAAAGAGAAGGAACCUGAACUAGAAACCGAACCUUCUGAAGUCACUGAUGUCAUUAAAACAUGUUGCGAAUUCCAUGAUCAAAUUAAUUUGAUUAGUGAAGCAUAUCACUUGGUAUAUGGAGGUCCAAAGAAUUUGUUAAAUGAAUCUUCUAAUCUAAUUGAAAUUGAGACCCCUAUGAAAAACAGUGUGAUGCAUAUUGCAGCUUGGAAUGGUAAUGAUGACAUUGUUGCACUUUUAAUUGAACGUGCUCCAAAACUUUUGUUCAACUUGAACGAAAACAAGGAUAGUGUAUUACAUGUUGCUGCAAGAAAUGGACGCAUUUCAACCAUUGAAAAGCUUUUAGACGGUUAUAUUAACUUUCAACGACAUGAAAUAAAAAGAGCAUGGUUUGAAUACCAUAAAUGGGAUGGUGACUCAGAAGACUAUAAAGAUUAUGGUGCCAAGUCCAAUAUGAAGGAUCUAUUAAAUUUUGUGAAGUUGGAGAAUGAUCAAGGCAACACUAUGUUUCAUGAGGCAAUGUUAUGUCACAAGAGAAAUAUUGUCGGUGAUACGAUUUUUAAAGUUUGCGAAAAAUACAAAAUUGAAGAUUUGUCUGUGAAGUCAUUGUCAAAUAGUUGUUAUGACUAUGCGAUAAAUAUUGUAAAUCAUGAGAAGAAAACAGUACUUUUUCUUGCAGUUGAAAAUGGAAACAAGGAUGUUGUUGAAGCAAUAUUACAAAAAUGUCAAAAAAAUGAUGAUAGGCCGAAGGGAUUAUCACCUUUGAUAGCAGCAAUAAUGAUGCAUAAUCAAGAAAUGUUGAGGAUCAUAAUAAAAAACAAGCAAAGUUGGAUCCAUUCAUUGGACGAACAUAAAAGGCUUCCUUUACAUUAUUCUGCAUCCAUAGGUUACCUUGAAGGUGUUGAUUUAUUACUUGGAAUAUGUAGAUGCUGCACCAUUAAAAGGGACAAAUAUGGUUAUUUCCCGAUCCAUCUAGCAUCUUAUGGAGGCCAUGUGGAAGUAGUGAGGAAGUUGUUAGAAUACUGUCCAGAUCCAUUAGAGAUGGUUGACACUUCUCAUAAGCGUAAUAUUCUUCACAUUGCAGCAAACCAUGGAAAACAUGAGGUUGUAUGCUACAUAUUACAAAGUGACAUUCCUGAACAUCAAAAGCUGAUAAAUCAAAAGGAUAAGGAAGGAGAUACCCCUUUGCAUUUGGCUGCAAGAUCAUGUCAUCCCACAACUGUAUACUACUUAGUUAACCAAAACAACGAAAAGGUGAAUCUUAAUUUGGUUAACAAGAACAAUGAAACUGCUCUCGACAUUGUUAAUUCGCUUUACGAGGUUGAAAAAUCAUCUUUGAGAUAG